AAGAUAUUAGCAAAGCAACGAAACGGCACAAGGUGGAACCCGCGUCGUUGCCGUUGAGGAAGAGAGAAGAGAGAAGAAGAAGAAGAAGAUCAUUUUAGGUGGAAGCUUUGCUGUAUUAUCCGGCGACUAAGAUUCUUCUACUCAGAGAGAGAACAAUCGGAGAUUGGGAUUUGAGUUCUCUCCGAUCGAUUCUCAGUCUCCGAUUUGAGCUUUGAUCCGAGGCGAACGAAACGUUUGAGUUCUAAGGGAGGGAGUGACCUUUUCGAUUUAAUCUGUUGAUUUUUCUGCUUUCCCUUCUUGUUGGCCGAGGAAGCUCUAGCUAGGGCUUUUGUCGGUGGAUCAAGAGGGAGGAGAUACUUUUUUUUGUGAGAGAUUUUGAGCAAUGAGUGCAGUGUCGGGUGUAAUCUCGAGGCAGGUGUUGCCAGUUUGUGGUAGCCUAUGCGUUCUAUGCCCUGCGUUUCGUGCUAGGUCUAGGCAGCCCGUGAAGAGGUACAAGAAGCUCAUCGCUGAUAUCUUCCCUCGUCAUCAGGAGGAAGGCCCAAAUGACAGGAAGAUUGGGAAGCUAUGUGAGUAUGCUGCAAAGAACGCUGUGCGUAUGCCCAAGAUAUCAGAGUCACUCGAACAAAGAUGUUACAAGGAAUUGAGGAAUGAGAAUUUUCAGUCGGCAAAGAUUGUCAUGUGUAUAUACAGAAAGCUUCUGGUCACUUGUAAAGAGCAAAUGCCUCUUUAUUCUAGUGGUUUUCUAAGGACAGUGCAAGCUCUUUUGGACCAAACUCGACAAGAUGAAAUGCAAAUAGUUGGAUGCCAGUCUCUUUUCGAGUUUGUAAAUAAUCAGAAAGACGGAAGUUCGUUGUUUAACUUAGAAGGUUUUCUCCCAAAGCUGUGCCAAUUAGCACAGGAAGGUGGGGAUGAUGACAGGUCGCGGAGCUUGCGUGCAGCGGGACUUCAAGCCCUUUCAGCAAUGAUUUGGCUGAUGGGUGAAUACUCUCAUAUUCCCAGCGACUUCGACAAUGUUGUUUCAGGAGUCUUGGAAAAUUACGGCCACCCCAAAAAAUUAACAAAUCCUUCUGAAAGUGGCAGAAAAUGGGUGGAUGAAGUCUUGAAAAAUGAAGGUCAUGUAGCUCAUGCGGAUUACCAUAUAAAUGUUCCUUCUUGGAGAACGGUUGUGAAUGACAAGGGUGAACUAAAUGUCAAAAUGGAAGAUUCUUUGGACCCUAGCUUUUGGUCCAAGGUUUGCCUACACAACAUGGCCAAACUAGGUGAAGAGGCCACAACCAUGAGACGUAUACUCGAGUCUUUGUUCCGUUACUUUGACGAGGGGUAUCUAUGGUCGACGGGAAAUUCGAUUGCAUUCCCAGUUUUAAGAGAUCUGCAAUUUUUGAUGGAAAUAUCUGGGCAAAGAACACACUUUCUGCUGUCCAUGUUAAUUAAACACCUUGAUCAUAAAAGUGUGCUUAAGCAGCCAAGCAUGCAGCUAAAUAUUUUAGAUGUUACCACCUCCCUUGCUGAACAUGCAAAAGUUGAACACUCCGCAGCAAUAGUCAGCGCAAUAAGUGAUAUCAUGAGGCAUCUGAGAAAAUGCAUGCAUUCUUCUCUAGAUGAAGCAAAUCUAGGACCUGAAGUAUUAAACAAUAACAGAAUGGUUAGCGUAGCUCUCGAUAAUUGCCUUGUCCAACUGACGAAAAAGGUUGGAGAUGCUGGCCCAAUUCUAGAUGCUAUGGCAAUGAUGUUGGAGAAUAUCUCAGCUGUCACAGAUGUGGCGAGAUCCACAAUUGCUGCUGUUUUUCGCUCUGCUCAAAUUAUAGCCUCUAUACCAAAUCUUUCAUAUCAAAACAAGGCUUUUCCAGAGUCCUUAUUCCAUCAGUUACUGCAAGCUAUGGUCCAUCCAGACCAUAAAACACGGAUUGGCGCCCACCGUAUAUUUUCUGUAGUGCUGGUACCAACCUCAGUCUGUCCCCGUCCUUCCUCAACCACUACUGACCUUCAGAAAGGAAUGGGUCUUCCUCGUUCACUUUCAAGGACAGCGUCUGUCUUUUCCUCCUCAGCAGCCCUUUUCGAGAAGCUGAGGAAGGAUAAAUUCUCGUCAAUUCUUACUUCUGAUCAGAGCCAAAACGAAAUGCCUGGCGAAGAACCUGGAAACAACAGGGGGAGUAUCCUUGACAAAUUGGAAACUUCAUACAGUCAAGCAUAUAGCACUUGGAACCAACCAGUGACCUCAGUAGCAGAUAAAUCUAUGGCUCAUUUAAACGCUGAUCUGGAUGCUGUUUAUAUAAGGCUAAGCAGUCACCAGAUAGGUCUUUUGCUUUCAUCAAUCUGGGCGCAGUCCAUAUCUCCUGCAAAUACACCAGACAAUUAUGAAGCGAUUGCUAACACUUACAGUCUUGUGUUGUUGUUCUCUCGUGUUAAGAAUUCAAGUCAUGAUGCUUUGAUUCGGAGUUUCCAAAUGGCACUUUCUUUGCGAGAUAUCUCUUUAAUGGAAGGAGGACCACUUCCUCCAUCUCGACGAAGGUCACUCUUCACUCUAGCUGCAUCGAUGGUUCUAUUUUCCUCAAAAGCAUUCAAUCUUUUUCCUCUCGCUGAUUUCACAAAAGUAGCACUACAGGGACCAAUGAUUGACCCAUUCUUGAGCUUGGUUGAAGAUCACAAGUUGAAGGCUGUGAAUACAGAUCAGCUGCCAACAGUUGCGUAUGGAUGCCAAAAAGAUGAUGCUUCAGCUUUAGAUACUCUUUCAAACAUAUCUAUCUCCACUGAACACAGCAGAGGAACCCUCGUCUAUGAAAUUGUCAAAAGCUUAGAAGAUAUGUGCAAUUCUGAAAUGGACAAAAUGCGGGAGCAGCUGCUCACUGAGUUCAUGCCGGAUGAUGCUUGUCCACUCGGAACCCGCUUUGUAGAAGACACCCAGAAAUCAUUUCAGACUGACAAACCCCAAAAGGAUGCUGCACUCUUCUCUCACGAGGAUCAAGACUUUGGAGAUGUCACAGAAACUGUUUCAAAGAAUAAUCCUGUAACAGUUGCUGAAAUCCCAGACCUCCUGACCGUCAAUCAAAUUCUGGAAUCGGUCGUAGAGACAACACGUCAAGUGGGUAGAAUCUCUUUCCAUACUGCAGCCGAUGCUUCAUACAAAGAGAUGACGCUUCAUUGUGAGAAUCUGCUAAUGGGGAAACAGCAGAAGAUCUCGAGUCUUUUGAAUUCUCAGCUACGACAUGAGAGUUCCGUUAACAGCUCUCCACGACAGCAUGGUGGAGAGAACAAGAUCGCAACUUUCCAUCCUAUGACCAACUCUGCAUUUGACACCGAGGUUGAUGAAGUCCCUCUACUGGGGAAGGACUUUGACAUGAAAUCGCCAAGAACACCAUUGAGAAUGAAGUCACCAAGAACACCAAUGAGAACUAUUCAGACACAGUGCUAUUCAGAACUCCAAGACAACACACAAGCCUAUAAACUACCAGCCUCGAGCCCUUACGACAACUUCCUUAAAGCUGCUGGCUGUUGAUUCCAAACCAUGUGGUUCGCUUUGAAUUGAUUCGGCUACAAAAUCACGUUUGCUUGGUUUCAAAGUCUCUGAGUUACAUUUUUUAGUUUCUUCAUACAUAGAAGAACAUUGUCUCGUAGGUUCUCUGUUCCUUUUUCACUUAUUCUUUAUCCAAUUUAUUUGUUUCUUCUUGGUGUGAUCUGUAUAAAGUACAAAGAGGCCAUCUGGUUUUCAUAUGGUUUUGUAAUCUAAAGAUUAUUUGAUUCUACAAGAAAGACAUUGUUGAAA